AUGAGCUCCCUCAAAGCAAUAAUCGCCCCUUCGGUACUGGCGUCAAACAUAAGCAAACUGGCGGAAGAAACCCAGCGCAUGGAAGAACUGGGGGCAGAAUGGAUACACCUAGACGUAAUGGACAUGCACUUUGUCCCCAAUCUCUCAUUCGGGCCACCCGUUAUUAACGAUUUAAAAAAAUACACAAAAGGUAUUUUUUUUGACGUCCAUUUGAUGGUGGAAAGUCCCGAGAAGUACGUGGACUUACUGAAAACAUCAGACCAAUUGACCUUCCAUUUUGAAGCCCUAAAUGAAGAUACAGACAAGUGUGUAAAGCUAGCACAACAAAUACGGAGCAGAAAUCAAUGGUGCGGAGUUUCUAUUAAGCCCAACACAAAUGUAGAAAAAAUUGUGCCCCUGCUAGACACUAAUUUGAUAAACACCGUUUUGGUGAUGACGGUAGAACCAGGCUUCGGAGGACAAUCAUUUAUGCAUGACAUGAUGAGCAAGGUUGCAUUUCUUCGAAAAAAAUACAAAGACAUAAAUAUUCAAGUAGACGGAGGUUUGAAUAUAGAAACGACGGAGAUAUCUGCAUCCCACGGGGCAAAUAUUAUCGUUGCGGGAACGAGUAUUUUUAAGGCGGAUAACCCCAAAUUUGUUAUAGAUACUAUGAGGGAAUCUGUGCGUAAAUAUUUACAAAACUAA